CGCGCGGCCGGAGGCUCCCCGAGGCUCCUCCGCCCGAGAGCCCCGCCGGCUCUCCCUCACGACGACGCCGACGACGCUUCUUCUGCUUCUUCUUCUUCCUCCUCCUCUUCCCGCAGCCGGUGGGAGCGCGUCGCCGGGCGGCCCGUCCCGCGGCCAGCGGAGCUCCAUGGGGCCGGCGGCGCGGCGGCGGCGGAGGGCGAAAGCGGCCGCCCAGACUCCUCGCCCCCCUCGCCGGCGGCGGCCGUGAGAGAGAGAGAGCGAGCGAGAGAAGAGACCGAGGCAGAGAGACAGAGAAGCGCCGCCCGCUUCGGACCCUCCACCGCCGCCGCCGCCGCCGCCCCUCCUGACGGGCCUGCGGCUCCGGGCUGGCCGGAGGAUGGCGGGGGCUCCGACCCAGCUGGAAGCCGAGCUCUACUACCUGAUCGCCCGCUUCCUCCAGUCGGGACCUUGCAAGAAAUCGGCCCAGGUGCUGGUGGCCGAGCUGGAGGAGCACCAGCUGAUCCCGAGGCGCUUGGAUUGGCAGGGAAAAGAACACCGAAGAAGUUUUGAGGAUCUGGUAGCAGCCAAUGUUCACAUCCCCCCGGAUUACCUCCUCAAAAUUUGUGAGCGAAUUGGACCUCUGUUAGAUAAGGAGAUCCCACAAAGUGUACUCGGAGUGCAAACUUUACUAGGAGUGGGACGGCAGUCUUUACUAAGGGCAGCCAAAGAAUGCAGGCACACGGCCUGGAAGGGUUCUGCAUUUGCAGCCCUGCAUCGGGGCAGACCUCCCGAAGUCCCCAUAAACUAUGGGAGGCCACCAAAUGUGGUGACCCUAAUAGGAGCCAGACAGUUGACUGGAUAUGGACGUUUCAGCCAUUUGUUCUCAACAUCUUUUUAUCAACACAUCAAGAUGCACAAGAGAAUUCUGGGCCAUUUAUCAUCUGUGUAUUGUAUAGCGUUUGAUCGUGCUGGGAGACGAAUUUUCACUGGUUCAGAUGACUGCUUGGUGAAAAUUUGGGCUACUGAUAACGGGCGCUUGCUUUCAACCCUCCGAGGACAUUCAGCUGAAAUUUCUGACAUGGCUGUCAGUUAUGAGAAUACCCUCCUUGCUGCAGGCAGUUGUGACAAGGUGGUCAGAGUCUGGUGUCUUCGAACGUGUGCGCCAGUGGCGGUGCUCUUGGGCCACUCGGCUUCCAUUACUUCCAUACAGUUUUCCCCUGCAAGAAAAGGAACAACUCGAUACCUCACUUCUACUGGUGCUGACGGAACAAUUUGUUUCUGGCAAUGGCAUUUAAACACAAUGAAAUUCAAGGAUCGGCCCGUGAAAUUUACAGAGAGAUCCAGACCUGGUGUUCAAAUAUCUUGUUCAUCUUUUAGUUCGGGUGGCAUGUUUAUUGCAACAGGAAGCACAGACCACGUGAUCCGAAUAUAUUAUUUGGGCUCUGAAUCUCCGGAAAAAAUAGCAGAGUUGGAAUCUCACAUGGACAAGGUUGUUGCCAUUCAGUUCUGCAACAAUGGAGACAGGCUAAGAUUUGUCAGUGGAAGCCGAGAUGGAACAGCCAGAGUUUGGCAAUACCAGCAGCAAGAAUGGAAGAACGUAGUCCUGGAUAUGGCCACUAAAAUGACUGGGAACAAUGUCCUGUCUGGUGAAGACAAAGUGUCCAAGCUGAAGGUGACUAUGGUAGCCUGGGAUCGAUACGAUGCCACUGUUAUUACAGCAGUGAACAACUUCCUUCUGAAAGUGUGGAAUUCUUCUACCGGGCAGCUUCUCCAUACUUUAUCUGGCCACGAUGAUGAAGUGUUCGUUUUAGAGGCUCACCCAUUUGACCAAAGGAUCAUGCUGUCUGCGGGCCACGAUGGGAACAUUUUCAUUUGGGACCUUGAGAAAGGAACAAAAAUUCGCAAUUACUUCAACAUGAUCGAGGGGCAGGGUCAUGGUGCUGUGUUUGAUUGCAAAUUCUCCCCAGAUGGUCAGCAUUUUGCUUGCACAGAUUCACACGGACACCUCUUACUCUUUGGAUUUGGGUGCAAUAAAUACUUUGAAAAGAUUCCAGAUCAGAUGUUCUUCCAUACAGAUUAUCGGCCGCUGAUCCGUGAUGCUAACAAUUAUGUGCUUGAUGAACAAACCCAACAAGCCCCACAUCUCAUGCCUCCCCCCUUCUUGGUAGAUGUGGAUGGGAACCCUCACCCCACAAGAUACCAGCGACUGGUGCCCGGGCGAGAAAAUUGCAAAGACGAACAACUUAUCCCUCAACUGGGCUAUGUAGCAAAUGGUGAUGGUGAAGUGGUGGAGCAAGUGAUCGGACAACAGACCAACGAUCAAGAAGGGAGCAUCCUGGAUGGGAUAAUCCGGGAGCUACAACGGGAGCAAGACCUGAGAAGGCUCAGCGAAAGUGAAGCGCCACCGAACCCCCCGCAGAACAGAUUGCAGUCUGUGCACGUUUUGAGGAGCCCAAGCUUGGAUAUGGCUUCCCCCACAAAUGUCGGGCUCAGACGGAGUGGUCAGAUUGAAGGUGUCCGUCAGAUGCACCACAAUGCUCCAAGAAGUCAGAUGGCCACAGAGAGAGAUCUAAUGGCAUGGAGUAGGAGAGUAGUAGUAAACGAGCUGCCUCCUGGACUUAGCAGAGUUCAGGAAGAAUGCCGAGCAGCCAAAGGUGAAUUGGAAAUCCACCUGUAUACCCUUGAAAAGAAGAGGAAGCCAUCGCACACUUUGCAGAGGAGCGACUACCAACCCGGUAGUGGGCGGUCUUUGCGCAGAAACCAGCGCAGGCGGCAACACGCUUACCAGACGCGUUCCACCAUUGACCGUCACUCACAAAGUGUCAGGAGAAGUUCCCACACCCAGGAAGACUCGGAGAGCUCCUCAGAGGAAGUUGAUUCCGUGGGCACCAGCGAUGGCUCUGGAGAUGACAACGUAGCUGCUUGGCAGAGCGAAAGCAGCUCCAGCGAUUCGUCCAGCGAAUAUUCCGACUGGACGGCCGACGCUGGGAUUAAUCUCCAGCCUCCGAAAAGACAGACAAGACAAGCGGCUCACCAGAUCUGCAGCAGCUCUGAGGAUGAACAUGUCAAAGAGACAAAAGGACAGGAGGAGAAGCGCAAGAAACCCAAACAGGCUCGGAAAAAGAAACCCAGUGGAUUGCUGUCAAUGGAUGCUGAGCCUACAGAAGAAUGGUUCGCUCCUCACUGGAUCUUAGACACCAUCCCACGGCGUUCUCCUUUUGUCCCUCAAAUGGGAGACGAGAUAAUCUAUUUCAGGCAAGGGCACGAAGCUUACGUGCGUGCAAUUCGGAAAGCAAAAAUUUAUAGCGUUAACAUACAAAAGCAGCCAUGGAAUAAAAUGGAACUCAGGGAACAAGAAUUUGUGAAGAUUGUGGGAAUUAAGUACGAAGUUGGACCACCUACGCUGUGCUGCUUGAAGCUUGCCUUUCUUGACCCCAUCUCGGGCAAAAUGACAGGGGAAUCGUUUUCCAUAAAGUACCAUGACAUGCCUGAUGUCAUUGACUUCCUUGUGUUGCAUCAAUUUUACAAUGAAGCCAAAGAAAGAAACUGGCAGAUCGGGGAUAGAUUUCGUAGUAUAAUUGAUGAUGCGUGGUGGUUUGGAACCGUGGAGAGUCAACAGCCAUUCCAAGCGGAAUAUCCAGACAGUUCCUUCCAGUGCUACAGUGUUCACUGGGACAACAACGAAAGAGAAAACAUGAGCCCCUGGGACAUGGAACCAAUUCCAGAAGGAACUGCUUAUCCAGAUGAGGUGGGGGCUGGAGUUCCAGUGACCAGCGAGGAAUUGGCCUCUCUGCUAUACAAGCCCCAGGAAGGAGAAUGGGGCUCCCAUUCCCGAGACGAAGAAUGCGUGCGGGUUCUCCAAGGCAUCGAUCAGCUUCUUUCUCUAGAGAUUUCUAAUCCCUUUGCAGUUCCAGUCGACCUUAGUGCCUAUCCUCUGUAUUGCACUGUUGUUGCUUAUCCAACUGACCUCACCACAAUAAGGAGAAGACUUGAAAACAGAUUUUACAGGAGAAUAUCAGCAUUAAUGUGGGAGGUACGAUACAUCGAACAUAACGCAAGGACUUUCAAUGAGCCCGAAAGCCCUAUUGUCAAAGCAGCCAAAAUCGUCACAGAUGUUUUACUGCACUACAUUGGGGAUCAGAGUUGUACAGAUAUUCUGGAGAUCUACAACAAAGUGAAAGCAGAAGACUUGAGUAGCACAGAGGAAGAAGAGCAGGUGGCAGAAGCAUCUCCUGAUUCAGAGGGCCCAGGAACUUCCUCUGGAAAACGAAUAGUCAAACGGCAAAUGAAAAGGCAACCUUCUAAAGGAUGUGUUGAUUCCUGGAAAAACCACUGCAAGCAAUUGUUAAGCCUGAUCUAUGAACGUGAAGACUCUGAGCCAUUCCGACAACCCGUUGAUCUCUUUUCUUACCCUGUGGACAAACAUUCUUCUCAGGACUAUCGAGAUAUCGUGGACACUCCCAUGGACUUCAGCACUGUGAAAGAAACUUUGGAAGCGGGUAAUUAUAUGAACCCUCUGGAAUUCUACAAAGACGUCCGCUUGAUAUUCUACAACUCCAAAGCGUACACUCCAAAUAAGAAAUCAAGGAUCUAUAGCAUGACACUCCGACUCUCUGCCUUAUUCGAAAACCACAUCAAAACCAUCAUUUCCGAGUACAAGUCAGCUGUUCAGUGUCAGAAGAGGCGAAGGCCGCGGUUACGGUACCGAAAACGGCUGAGAAGCAGUAGCAGCGGUUCUUCUUCUAGCAGCAGAGCACCAAGCCCAAAAGGAAAACAAAAGCAACUGAAGAUGCAGCCUAAAACAAACUUGAAUACCUCACUGCCUUUAACUAGGACUAAUUCUUCAGUUUCAUCUCAUGUUUCAGAUACAGAGGAACCCCCUGGUUCAGCUACUGCCGAAGAGAUGGAAAGGCAGCCCUCCUCCUCCUCAUCUGGCUCCAACAGCAGCCAGAAUCGUAGCGGAAACGAUGUCGAAACAGGAAAAAAUAAGCCAGUGAGAAAUAAAUCCACACCAGUGAAACAAGAUCAGCCUUCUGAAAAGCCUCUGACGAACGGGGACGGGAAGGAAUCUCGAACGGGAGUCAAGAGAAAAAUUUCCAGCGCCUCUGAAGAGGAGGACGAGGGCAGCCAAGAGAAGAGAGAACCGAAAGAUAAGCCUGGUUUAUCGUCCGAAAGCGGAGACUCCCGUUCGGGCUCCAGUUCCGAAAGCAGAGGUGGCUCCGACUCGGAUUCAGAAUCCAGUUCUAGGACAGAUCAAGACUACAUCGACGGAGACCACGACUACAGCAAAUCCGUAAAAGUGAAACCGAAAAGAAAAAUCCGAAGGAACCUUUCUAGCGGCAGGAGAAAAAAUUGGCAAGGCAGGGGGACGGGAAGGCGAGGGCGCUGGGGCCGGUGGGGGAGGUGGAACCGAGGGGGCCGAGGCAGCCGGGGAGGAAGAGGAUGCAGCCAGGGAAGAAGAGGAGGCAGAGGAGGAAGAAGAGGCCGAGGGAGAGGAGGCUCGCGGGCCAAGCGCCCCCGCAUGGCCGAGGACGAGUUCGAGAACCUUUUCGGCGGACGCUUCAACGAGAACACCUUCGGCGGACGAUUUAGCCGGCCCCCUCGGAUUAAAACCAGGAACGAAGGCCGGCGAACCGUUUUGUACAACGACGAUUCGGACAAUGACACUUUCGUGCACACCGAGGAUCCCCUGAACCUUGGCACUUCCAGGUCGGGCAGGGUACGGAAAAUGACAGAGAAAGCCAGGGUUAGCCAUCUCAUGGGAUGGAAUUAUUGACCCCCGACACGGUGGUUGGUGGUGGCGGGGGGGGGAUAUUGGCGGUGUGGGCAGGGGAGGAGAGACCCUGAACAGCGACGUUAGGACUUCCAAGGCUUUUUAAACUGCAGGGAUUUCACGCCAGAAAAUCUGCUAAGCAAAUUGUGGGGGAGGGAAUCUGUUGAUUCCCACCCCCUCACCUCCCCCUGGUGCUUUUCAUAUGGUUUUCAUGUGUUCGGAGGCUUCUGCUUGCUGGCCGACGCGGGCUAUGAAAGUCUUCUUUGCACAUCCUAUUACCUGCAGAAAUCCCCCCCCUUUUUUUUUUAUCACACUAAACCUUGAGUUGGUCCCAGGACUUGCGGGAGAUAAAUGUGUGCUUACGAAGUCUCUCCUUGUUGUUUUCUUUUUCCUUCCCCCCCUUUUUUGUUGUUGUUUGUGUGUGUGUGUGUGUGUGUGUGUGCAUUAUAGAAGCAGCACCUUCUUACCCAGAUUUUUUUAAAAAACAUUGUCUGCCAUGAACUUCCUUCCUUCUCAUAAUGACUUUUGCACAAUACACAGAUCCUAAAAAAAAAAAGGCAGCUAUAAAAUGUUUACAGUUUUCUCUGUUAAUGCGCAGGAUCCGGAUUGCUUUUUAUCUCUUCCCUCCUCCUCCCCCCCUCCUCCCCCUGGCCAAGUGUGCAUGAAUUUGUGACUGAUAAUGAAAUAUGACCCCCAUAUGGAUGUUCUGAUAUGCUUUGUUCCCUCCCUUCCCCCCCCCCCAAUUGGUUUUUAAUGUUUAAUUUAUGUUUUAAAAGGGAGAGUGGGUGGGUGGUACCUUGUAUAUAAUGUAGCAAAUCGAAGAUGUGAGAUGUUUUAACACCUACAUUAAUGUUAUUACGAACGACAUACUUGAGAACUAGGAUUAUCUAAGAUACACCAGGUGCCAAACGCAGAAAUACCCUCGCAUCUGUUUUUUUUUCUUUUCUUUUUUUUCCUGCUUCCCCUUGUAUUUUUGUAGCAUCCCCUUGAGAUGGUCUCCAGGGGUUAACAUCAAUAUGGAAUGGUUUCUUCUUUAGUAGCUUAGCUACCUCCAGACUUCUGAGCUUUAGUUUUGUUUCCUUCUUCAAUAAUGACAUUGUAAUAGACGAUGUGGCAGGAACAAAAUCACUCAAGAAACUGCAGAAAUAAUUUCAUUGGUCUCCAGUCUGACAAUCAGUCAUCAGGUGCUUCUCACAGACUUCAUUGGUGGAGAUGGACUGCCCUUGUGCAUGCGUCUCCCCGGUGCGGCCAUUGCAUUAUUAUCAUAUUUUUAUUUGUUUCUUAAACCGUUCACACUUCCAUUUAUAGGCAUUGAGGUAUCCUUGCUGGCUCACUUAAUAUGUACGUGCUGUUGUGCCUUUUUUUUUCCCCCUUUGGCUUUUCCUUGUUUUAAGUCAUGAAAGCCGAUGAUGUGUUCCGGGAAGAAUUUAGGCAUCCUUUCCCAGAGAUACAUAACAUAGAAGCUUCCUCUGGUUUCUCUAUUUGCUUCAAUGAAGGACAGGGUGGAUUUGAUUUAAAUCGAGUUGAUUUAAAUCACAAUUUAAAUCAUGAUUUAAAUCACUAGUAAAAAGGCUUGAUUUAAAUCAACUCGAUUUAAAACAUAAUUUUUAAAAAGCAACUGUCAUCUCUGCUACUCCUUUGACCCACUGUUGACUCACCGAUAGUCCCAGUGUUGCAGAAUAUACAGCCUCAUGCUACAUAACUAAGCUCCAUUUCAUGCUGAAUAGACUAAAUUAUUUAUGUAUCCUAAAUAGAAAACUAUCUUAUGAUAGAUUUUUACCCCAAAAGUUUUUUAUUAAAAUAAAUCCGAUAAAAAUCAAAAAAAUCCGAUUUAAAUCAAAAAAAUCUGAUUUUUUUGAUUUUUUUUUAAAAAAAAAUCAUUGAUUUUUAUCCACCCUGAUGAAGGAGCUGAUUGAAUCGCUCUUCUUCCGUUGGGCUUGCUGUCAUUCCCCCACCCCACCUCCUCCCAUUGACAUAUAGAGGAAAGUGGAACGUCUACUAUGAAUUUUGGCUCUGUGGGGAUUUUUGGAGCAAAAAUAAUGACAUGUACUGCUUAAUUCUGGGGGAAAAAAAGGCUUCCAGGGGGCUCUUGUAUUUGCAUUUAAAAGUAUAUUCAAUUUAUGUCACCCAGUGGGAGAGAGAAAUGUUUCAUUUCCCUUACAGUCGUAGCGUGUUCAAUGUUCCUAAAAUACAUUUGUGUUUUCUUUUCUGAGAUGGACAAGGUGCAUAUAUUCGAAUUCCUAUUAGCAAUCCUUUUAUAGGAGGAGGAGGAAGAGCUAUUUUCUUUUCGUUUUGUGAUCAGGUGCUUUCAUGGGGGCAGGGAGGGAAGAUCAACCAUUAGUGUUGAUUGAUCUUUGCUAAAUAACAGUAGGAUCUAUAAUAAUGUAAUAAAAAGACUACACAGAUGCAGCGUAGAUCUUCUGUAACGCAAUAUAUACUUCAAUACUUGGGUUUUGGGCGAUUCGAAAUCGAUUCGGAGAAAGUGCUUUGGAACUCAUGCGAGUGUAGCAUCCCUUACUUUUCCUUAAAUGACCUUGAAGGAAGAGUUUUUAGAGCUGUUUUAAUGCACUGACUCCUUAAAGCACCUCGGAAGCUUCACAAAUGUCCGUGGCUGCUUCAGGUAUUAGUAGAGAGGUGCUGUGUUCCUGCAACGGCUGAAGCAUUUGUUUAAAAUCAUACCGAAGCAAAGACAAGACCUCACACGUACACAAAUCCAUGCUGUAUUUUAGACAAUAGGGAAGGUGCUUACCAAAUUGUGUGUGGUGUAUUAAAAUCUUGAAAAGGGAUAGGUGAAGAAUGAAGCAUAGGGAACCAUCUUAUAGCCAGUUUUAAUUGAACAGCUGCUGCAGUUCCAUCAGUUAUGUGUUUGGAAGUAUUUGAUCUUCUGCUAAUGUGCAUCUGCUCCAUUUAUUCAAAUGGAGGAAUGUUCUUCAUCCCAAGGGACGUCCUUCUACAUGAGGAAUAACUCAGGAUGUGUUUCUUAACAUAGAGGGCAAGUGUAUAUUUCAAAGAAAUCUCUGAUUUAUUUUUCUCUUUAGGACACUAUGACUAUCUCAAGCAGAUAUAAUCCCGUAGUCUUAUAAUUACCCACAGGACAAAUAAACAUUAUUCCAAAUAACUAAAGUUGUAUCUAACGGUAGAUGUUUUAUGUUCGUUGUUCAAAUUCCUAAUGAAUCGUACUGGUAUUGAGUAGGCUGAAUUUUUCUGUGAAAUGGUUUAAUUCUUCCAUAAAACAUAGGUAUAGAUUUAGGCAAGUCAAUCUCUUUGUUUAGAUGUAUCUCCUUGAAGGUUGGAGGUGGCAGUAAAAAGGACUACUUUAUUAGGAACUAAGUAUUAAUUGGAUCUGUGUUAAUUAGGACAAUGCAGUGCUCUGGAAAUAAUUUGGAAAAUCUACUUUGGAGCAGCUAAAAAACAGGAACAUAACACUUGCUGACAACUCUUUAAAGCUGCCACAUCUUAUUCUUGAGUGCACACGAACAUUUUUUGCAGCUACCCAUGACCAAGGCAUCCUGCUCUAAAAGAGUUGUUGACAGGUUCAUGGUUCUCACUUCUAACACCCCCUUUUUGGAAUUGAAUCCAGAAGAACAUCCAUGACUGAGAAAGGGCUUGGCAUGAAGCAUGCGGAAGGAAAAAUCCAAUUUUCCCCUAAUUUAUAGGCUCUUGGGCUGAGAAAGUUUCUUGUUUUUUAAACAGAAACUUGGGGUUCUGGUGUGGAUUCAGGAAUGGGAUGGAGAAAUAAAUGGACAAUAUAGCAUGUUUUAUUUAGCCAAGUCCUGAAUAUGGCCACUGGAUGGAUUCUAGUUGGAGUUGGUUUGCAUAUCCAACAUAAUUAAGGAGCAAAGAGAAUUAUUUUAAUUUACUCCAUGUCUGCAAGUAACCAUGUCAGGAAGAAGGGUAGUAGUAACUAUUUUAGCAGGGAACUUUCAUUGAGAUCUUUCUUUUGCUAUUUCUUCUGGUUACUUGGGGGAAAUUCAAAGUCAGAAAAGUUGGAUCAAACAAGGCAUUCCAAACAACUAUUAAUUGGGAAUUGUAGUUCUUGCUUGGAUUUUACCUCUUGGUUUUCCGUCUCUGUCGCAGUCUCUUCCUAAGAUCUUUGAUGAUCUAGUAAUUUCAGUUUUAUAGGCUGUAAUUGGUAUUCCUCAAAUUUUUAUUAUUCUCUAAGAGAUCAUUCUAGCUUUGUUCCAUUCUCUGCUGUCUUUUGACCUCUCCUUAAGCCGUGUAUCCUUGCUCUUUGAAUUAAUAAUGAUAUUUCCAGUAACACCAAUAUGUCCAUUAGAUACUAAUAAUUUAGUAACAGUGACACCAUAUGAUGUUCAACAACAGCAGUCUAGAGGUAUUCAACCUUUACGUCUUUUAAGACUCGUGAAUUUCAGUGUCCAGAAUUCACCAGCCAGCAUGGCUAGCUAGGGAACUCUGUGAGUUGAAGUCCACAAGUCUUAAAGUUGCCAAGGUAAUGGGCACCCCUGAUCCAAAGCGAAAGCUUGCUUUGGGAAUUGUGCCUGAUUGUGUUAGGUAGCUGGCCAGUAAAUACUUGGGCAAAGUAGAUUUAAGCGAUUCUGUAAGUGGAGACCGGGGGCUUCCAUCUACUUGAUACAAGGGAAUCGUCAUAUCCAUUUUUUAUAUGAUUUGCCUGUUCAUACAAAGGGUAUUUUACUUGACGCAUGUCAUUUUCUAACGUUUGAGGCCCUGAACUGCAACUUGGCAUGUGCAUUUUAGAAGUUAUCUUCAUUAGGGAGAACGGUGAUUGGUGUCUUGAGCAAACAAAAAACAAAAAAAUCAGCAUGAGUGUGUGUGUGUUUGUGUGUGUGUGUGUGUGUAUAUAUAUAUUUGUUUUCUUUUCGUAGGCCUUUAUGUGUAUUUCUCUUUAGCCAGGUUCUUCCUACAUAAACCAAGAUUUUUAUGCAGCCCUAGUUCAGUGAACUCCCAAUCCACUAGUUUCUAGGCUUUUUUUCAAGCAGCCAGCAAGUUCCCUGCUGCCCAUUGGGAGACUAAGGAGACUAAGAUAGUCCAAAGUCCAAAAUAGAUCUAUCUUAGUCUCCCAAUGGGCAGCAGGGUGCUUGCUGGCUGCCUGAAAAAAAGACUAGAAACUAGUGGAUUGGGAUUUCACUGAACUAGGGCCUGGUGGCUCAGCAGACUGAUAGCAUUGUGAUUAACACCAGCUGUCUGCAAUUACUGUAAGUUCGAAUCUCACCAGGCUCAAGGUUGACUCAGCCUUCCAUCCUUUCUAAGGUAGGUGAAAUGAGGACCCAGAUUGUGGGAGCAAUAAGCUGACUUUGUAUAAAUAUACAAAAGUAUGAAGGCUUUCGCUUAACACAUUGUAAGCCGCCCUGAGUCUCCAGAGAAGGGCGGCAUAUAAAUCAAAUUAAACAAAAAAACAAAAAAAACUAGGGCUGCAUAAAAAUCUUGGUUCACGUAGGAAGAACCUGGCUAAAGAGAAAUACAUACAUACAUACAUAUCCCAUAAUUAAAGAGAUUUGAUUACUGCCUACCUGCUUUAAGGCAAGAGAUACUUUUGACUUGUUAUAUAUGCUUUCUGUGAUUACAUGAAAUCUUGUGCUACCCUCAACAGCAAUAACAGAUGCUUCCUUGAAGUUGGGAGAGCAUCUGAGAAAUGGGUGAUCCAAUCUAUUAAGAUCUUCACUAGUUUCUUCUCUCUGGUUCUUUUUUGUCAAGAAACAAAGGGCUUGUGGUUUGUGUGUGUGUGUGUGUGUUAAUUAAUAAGGGUGGGCCACAUCACAAAUUCAUGAGCCCCACCAUCUAAUAAGCACUAUCUUCUUCACAAAAGCCAGAAUCCCUUUAGAAAAAUAAAUGAGUUUUUAGCAACCAAGACCGUAAGAGUGAAGGGUAGAGACUUGAUCUUUUGAAGUGGUUAAUUUCUAGAUGCUGCUUGAGCCUUCUUGCCCAAUUAGAAUAAGAUAAGUUCCUUCUUAUGCCCAUGUAGCCCCAUAUCCCUAAAUAGCAGCCAACUCAUGUGCUCUAAUAAUUUUAUAUAAGGAGGAAUAUGAUUGCCUAUAAAAUCCUGCCUCUUGCUCUUAGAAACUAGUUCCAAGACAUUUCUUAACAAUCCAAAUCAUGUAAAACUAACAGGGAUUUAAUUUUUAUGUCUUUGUUUUGGUUCCUUUUUCGGGGAGGGACGGGGAUGGUGGGGAAUUCAGAAAAAUAGAGGUUAACUUGAAUAAUUUAUCCUAGAGCAGCUGAUAACAUAUUGGAACAAAAGAAUGAAUUAAAGAAUGAAUUAGUUUUAGGCUAAGUGCAUCAGCAACUUAUAGAGGACUGCUUUUGCUUGAGUGUAUAUUAUAAUGCUAAAUGCUUUUUAAAGAUUUGUGCGUUGGCUUCAUAAGUUAUGCUAUAAAAUGUCACGAGAAUGUUUUCUUUCAAUUUUAAAAAAAAUAGUGUUAAUAUUUAUAGAUAAAAAGCUCCAUUUGACACCCAAAGGUGAUCAAAUAGUCGAAGACUCCUAAAGAGGACUCAUGAUGUUAUUUUUAAAAUAUGUAUUAUAAAUGACUGUGCAUUUACAAGAGAUCAUUCCCCCCCCCCCCCAACUCUGGCUAGAUCAGAUGUUUAUAUUAUUUUUUAAAAAAAUUGUAAUAUAUCAAUCCAGAUUUUUUUUUUUUUUGGCAAUUAUAUUUCUUGAGAACAUUGAAACACAAAGAACACACAAACACAGAGACAUACAUACAUACAUAUAUAUAGAUAUAUAUAUAUAGCUUUGAAUACUGAAUGCCGGCCUGCAGCAAUGCCAUCCAUAUAUUAAUGGAUCGCCAAGAAAUAUUAUUGCAAUCAUAUUGGUCAAUUCUCUUUUUAAAAAAUGAACCAAAAGCACUCAGUCUCUUGAUCUUAAAGGAACACGCCCGAGCGGCCGACUUCCUCUGCUUCGUUUUUCAGUAGAACUGCUAACCGCCUUAACUUCUUCACAGUGUAGAAUAUGGUGCUUUAAAAAUAUGUGUGUACGCAAUUACGCAUGGAUGUGUGUCCUUUGUUACUCGAGUCGAGCAUUUAAAACAAAGAAACUGGAAACGGUAAUAAUCCUGCACACCGCCUCUUUAAGUCGAUUUUUUUUAAAAAAAAAACACAUUUCGAUCCAAGUAUUCCAGCUCUGAACAGUCCGAUAUGAUUAGUAGAUCUCAACCUUGCUUGAAUAAUGGCUCCUGAUCUCUUGAGUUUCCCGUCCUCACUUAUGAAGGAUGUUAUGUCAGAGUAGGAUUAAGAGCGCUUGGGGCAGAAUGGGAAACUGGCCAUGACCAACUCGCCGUGAGAUAAGUCAACAUUGCCAACUCACCGCGGAAGAAUUCAACAAUUCGAUUUAAUUUUUUAAAAUAAUUUUUAAAAUUGUUUUAAUUUUUGUCAUUCCCAUUUCAUUCUGUUCCCUCCUUUUGGCACCCUUUCUUUAAUGUUUUUAUUCCACUGUUUCUUUGAUAUUAGUGUAAUCCUUGUCCCGCAGCGAAUUGGCUGUGAUGAGUUGGCUGUGAGUUGAUGAGGCUGAUGAGUUGGCUGUGGUGCUUCCCAAUAAUGGUUGUCAGUAUUGAGGUGUGAUGGUAGUGAAUUUUAAUGAAGUGGUAUUAAGCUUAUUUUCAUCCUUUCGGGCUCUUUUGUUUUAAUCUCAUGUCGAUCGCCUUUCCCCGUUUUCUUUUUUAAAUUAAAGCAUCACGGAAGCUUUGUUUAGAAAUACCGGUUUUCUGCAGUUGACUUUUGAGUUGUAUGGAAAAUAGUGCCGUUUGAAGGAUCUCCUGCAUGGAUAUUGUGUUCUUGACUUCGUGAAAUAUUUUUGCCAAUCCCCCAAAUCCUUCCACGAAAAAAAAAAAUAUAGAAGGUGCACAUGAUUUAAACUGAUUCUAUUUUGCUUUUUUUUUUUUUUGUCUUGAUUUCAGGGGUUGGUUCCUAAAGUUCAUACCUUUGCAUCCACUAUCUCAGGUCCCUUUAAAAUUAUAAACGCUUCAGGGAUUUUUAAUGCCACUUGAGAAUGGCAGACCAAAUGUAAUAUUUAUAUGCAAUGAACUAUUCGUUUUUUUUGUAUUGUAAAAAAUGUAAAUUUGUAAAGAUUUUUUUUUCCUAGAGUUUUUUUUUUUUUCCUGGGGGUGGGUAAAAGACGGGAUGGGGAUGAAUUGGGAGGGCGAGGAAUGUCACAAUGUAAUUUAGGAUGUUUCAUUUUCCAGCUCUGGGAUUAUCUUAAUAAAAAAAAUCAUCUCA